AUGGCGCCGUCCACGCCGCUGUUGACAGUCCGAGGAUCAGAAGGGCUGUACAUGGUGAAUGGACCACCGCAUUUUACAGAAAGCACAGUGUUUCCAAGGGAAUCUGGGAAAAAUUGCAAAGUCUAUGCCUUUAGCAAGGAUGGAACCUUAUUUGCCUGGGGCAACAGAGACAAAGUAAAUAUUAUCAGUAUCACUAACAAGGGACUACUGCAUUCCUUCGACCUCCCAAAGACAGUUUGCCUUGAAUUCUCACCAAAAAACACUGUUCUGGCAACAUGGCAGCCUUACACUACUUCUAAAGAUGGCACGGCUGGAUUACCUAACCUACAGCUUUACGAUGUGAACACUGGCACAUGUUUGAAAUCUUUCAUACAGAAAAAAAUGCAAAACUGGUGUCCAUCCUGGUCAGAAGAUGAAAUUAUUUGUGCCCGAAAUGUUAACAAUGAAGUUCACUUCUUUGAAAACAACAAUUUUGACACAAUUGCAAAUAAAUUACAUUUGCAGAAAAUUAAUGAUUUUGUUUUAUCACCUGGGCCACAACCAUAUAAGGUGGCUGUCUAUGUUCCAGGAAGUAAAGGUGCACCUUCAUUUGUUAGAUUGUAUCAGUAUCCCAACUUUGCUGGACCUCAUGCAGCUUUAGCCAAUAAAAGUUUCUUUAAAGCUGAUAAGGUUACAAUGCUAUGGAAUAAAAAAGCUACUGCUGUGCUGGUGAUAGCUAGUACAGAUGUUGACAAGACAGGAGCGUCAUACUAUGGAGAACAAACACUGCACUACAUUGCAACCAACGGAGAGAGCGCUGUAGUGCAGUUACCAAAAAGUGGCCCCAUCUAUGACGUAGCGUGGAAUUCUAGCUCCACCGAGUUUUGUGCUGUUUAUGGUUUCAUGCCUGCCAAGGCAACAGUUUUCAACCUGAAGUGUGAUCCUGUGUUCGACUUUGGGACUGGGCCACGCAACGCAGCCUACUUUAGCCCUCAUGGCCACAUAUUAGUCCUGGCUGGAUUUGGAAAUCUGAGGGGACAGAUGGAAGUGUGGGAUGUUAAAAACUACAAACUGAUUUCUAAGCCAGUGGCUUCUGAUUCUACGUAUUUUGCGUGGUGCCCAGAUGGUGAGCAUAUUUUAACAGCCACGUGUGCUCCCAGGUUACGUGUCAACAAUGGGUACAAGGUUUGGCACUACACGGGCUCUGUCUUGCACAAGCAUGAUGUGCCAUCAAAUGCGGAGUUGUGGCAGGUCUCUUGGCAGCCAUUUUUGGAUGGAAUAUUUCCAGCAAAAAGAAUAACUUAUCAAGCAGUUCCAAGUGAAGUGCCCAGUGAGGAACCUAAAGUCUCCACAGCUUACAGACCUCCAGCUUUGAGAAAUAAACCAGUCACCAAUUCCAAGCUGCAUGAAGAGGAACCGCCUCAGAAUAUGAAACCACAACCAGGAAAUGAUAAACCAUUAUCAAAAACAGCCCUUAAAAAUCAAAGGAAGCAUGAGGCUAAGAAAGCUGCCAAGCAGGAAGCAAAAAGUGACAAGAGUCCAGAAGUGGCACCUCCUCCUCCUCCACAGAGCACACCACGAAACCCUGUCUCUCAGGCCUCUUCCGGUGACCCCGAAGUAGACAGAAAAAUUAAGAACCUGAGGAAGAAACUGAAAGCUAUUGAACAACUGAAAGAACAAGCUGCAGCUGGAAAGCAGCUAGAAAAAAAUCAGUUGGAGAAAAUUCAAAAAGAGAAAGUCCUUCUCCAGGAGCUGGAAGAUUUGGAAUUGGGUAUUUAAAGUACACAGAAAGCAAGGUGGUUACUACCAUAAACCAGUGCCAACACAUUUUCUGUCAAACCCAUUGGUGUUCAUGGAAUAUCCAUGUGCCCUUAUUUAAUGUUGGUCUGUAAUUUUAAUGAGUUAUGCAAGAGUCUGAAUAUGUAUGAAAUUAUUUAAUAUCUAUUAAAUUGACUUCUAUAUAUCCUGCAUCCUGUAUCAUGUCAAUACGUGAUGAAGAAAAGAUACAUGAGAUUUUUACCUAAGUUGACAGAUUGAAAGCUUUUUUUAGUAAGGGACAGUAUUUGCUAUAUAAAUGAAUAAAGACAUUUUAAAUU